CUCCUCCCUUCCUUCGUUCCUUCCUUCGUUCCCCCUACCGAGCACCAACAAAGGUUCCUCUUCUCCUGUUAAUCCGCGGAGCCCCGUAUCGCCGAGUCGCCGAUCCGAUGGGCCAUUUCCUCGCCUUCGCGGCUCUUCUCCUCCUCCUCUUCCCGGUCCUCCUCGUUGACUCCCGCCUUGACCCCUCCCUCCGGCUACCGUCCGCUCGCGAGGUCGAGCGGAUCAACGGCGACGAGGACGACGAUGUGGGGACGAGGUGGGCGGUUCUCAUCGCCGGUUCCUCCGGAUACGGGAAUUAUCGACACCAGGCUGAUGUCUGUCAUGCUUAUCAAACGUUGAAGAAGGGCGGAUUGAAAGAUGAGAACAUCAUUGUCUUCAUGUACGAUGAUAUUGCCUACAACGAGGAAAACCCUAGACCUGGAGUCAUCAUAAACCAUCCACAGGGUGGGGAUGUAUAUGCAGGAGUUCCGAAGGAUUAUGUUGGAGAGGAUGUCACUGUCAACAAUUUCUUUGCCGUUCUACUUGGAAAUAAAACUGCUCUUACUGGUGGAAGCGGGAAAGUCGUUGAUAGUGGUCCUAAUGAUCACAUCUUCAUAUUCUACUCCGAUCAUGGUGGACCUGGCGUUCUUGGGAUGCCAACUUACCCUUACCUUUACGCUAAUGACCUGAUAGCUGUUCUGAAGCAAAAACAUGCUUCUGGAACCUAUAAAAGCAUGGUGUUUUAUCUUGAAGCUUGCGAAUCUGGGAGUAUCUUUGAAGGCCUUCUGCCCAAAGAUAUAAAUGUCUACGCAACCACAGCAGCAAAUGCUCUGGAAAGUAGUUGGGGCACUUAUUGCCCCGGGCAGUUCCCUAGCCCUCCUCCAGAGUAUGAUACCUGUUUGGGUGAUUUGUAUAGUGUCGCUUGGAUGGAAGACAGUGAUGUACACAAUCUUCAGACUGAAACUCUAAACCAGCAAUAUCAGCUAGUAAAAGCCAGGACAGCAGUUCGAGGUUCAUUCAGCUUUGGUUCACAUGUUAUGCAGUAUGGGGAUCUAGAUCUCAGUACUGAACAACUGUUCUUCUUCAUUGGUACAAACCCUGCUAAUGACAACAACACGUUCACUAUUGACAACUCAUUACCAUCAUUCUCGAUGGCUGUUAAUCAACGAGAUGCGGAUUUGGUUUAUUUUUGGCACAAGUUCCGAAGCUCGCCUGAAGGCUCCUCUAAGAAACUUGAAGCUCAGAAGCAAUUGUUUGAAGUAAUGUCUCAUAGGCUGCAUGUGGAUAACAGUAUUGAACUCAUUGGAAAACUUCUCUUUGGUGCCGAGGAAGGCCCAAAGGUGCUAACCGCUGUUCGACCAGUUGGCCUGCCAUUGGUUGAUGACUGGGAUUGCCUUAAAUCAAUGGUUCGGACUAUUGAAACUUAUUGUGGGUCGUUAGCCCAAUAUGGCAUGAAGCACAUGCGAUCCCUCGCAAAUAUCUGCAAUGCAGGUGUUAGAAAAGAGAGCAUGGCCGAGGUUUCUUCACAAGCUUGUAUGAGGAUCCCCUCCAACCCCUGGAGUUCUCUGCAGAGAGGUUUCAGCGCUUGAAGCAUACAUCAAAGCAACUUUGGUCAGAGUAAUAAAUUUGUGACUUAAUGUUAUAAUUGCUUGGCUUUGUUGUGUUGCACUGUGUAUAUAAUCUCUGAAUAGCCUUGAAAAACAUCUGUUUGGUUAACAUGGUCAUUUCUUGCUGUUGGUCAUUUGUAUAAAAGUAGUGUGCCACGUGUGUUACUUGCGGCCAAAGCUGUCGUAAUUUGAAAAAAAUCUAUGUUAUUGUAGUUCAUUAUUACAUUGAGAACAAUCUAAACCUAUUAUCAACGUA